AUGUCAGACGAAUCGGGGAAGUCUACUUCAGUUCCCAAUGUUCGUCAAGUAAGAGAAAUCUCAAGCACUCCAGGCGAAGAAACCAAUAUAGAAACUGUUGAUGAAACAAUAGAACAUGAAAUCGAAACUGUUACCGUUAUAGACUCCGAAAUUUCCGAAAAAAGUUCAACUUUUGUUGACAAGAAACAAACAUCGUCGAACAUCCCCACAGGCCAAACUGUCGUAUUCAAGGAACAACCAGUGCUUCGACAAGAUGUCAAAGAACAGGUUAUUAAUGCUCCUACUGUAGUACAAUCUAUCGAGCAAACAACAACUCUUACAAAUGAUAAUACUCAACCUUCAGAAAAUUCUAAAACCCCAGUAAAAGAUAAUCCUGAAAUUUCGGAGAAGUCGGCUAAUGAAAUUAUUGCAACAUCGAAUACUCAAAAGAUUCAAUUCUCCGAGCAAGAAAAACCAGAUCAUGAAGUCGUUCCUAAUUCCCCCAAUGUAGAAUCAACUACAAGAACAAUACCUAAAGAUAACGAAAAUAAGGCAAGCGAAACUACAAAUAAAAAUAUAGACAUUAAUGAACAUUUGUAUACACCCGAAGAAGUCGCUGAACGAUAUAACGUUGAUGUCAAUACUGUCAAACCUGCAGAAUCUAGAGGGUUGCAAACGACCCAAAUUAAAGGUUUAUUGGAACAAUACGGUCAUAAUGUCCUCACGCCCCCCAAAAGGAAACAUCCCUUCGUAAAAUACUUGGAAUGUUUAUUGACUUUAUUCAAUAUAUUAUUAAUGAUUGCGGGUGUUCUAAUGUACAUUUUAUUUGCUAUUGAUCAAGAAGACAAUCAAUCCAGUACUUAUCUUGGCGCUAUUUUCUUUGGUGUGGCUUUUUUGAACGCGUUCAUUGAAUUUUAUCAAUUGCAAAAGUCAGCCGCGAUUUUAGAGUCAUUUUUGAAUAUGAUCCCACAACAAUGUUAUGUCCUUAGAGAUGCUAGACUCAUACAAAUCCAAGCAUCUAAUCUAGUACGAGGUGACAUAGUUUUUGUAAAGAUGGGAGAUAAAGUUCCCGCUGAUUUACUGGUAUUCGCCGCAACUGAUAUGAAAGUGGAUAAUUCCUCCCUUACUGGUGAAUCAGAACCACAAGAAAGGAUAAAGACAAAUACUCACAAGAAUCCACUAGAGGCUACUAAUAUCUGUUUUAAUGGUACCCUAGUUAUAUCGGGUGAAGGUUAUGGUAUUGUCAUCAGAACUGGCGAUACUACUGUGUUGGGUCAGAUUGCCGGUCUUACUGCAGGAGAAGAAAAGAACAAGUCACCUUUAGCAAAAGAAAUUGAUGAUUUCGUAAAAUUAAUAGCUACGAUUGCCGUGAUUUGUGCUUUAAUUUUUUUUGGAGUUGGUUUUAGUGUAUACGAUAAUGUUGCUCUUAACGUUAGUUUCGCCAUUUCCAUACUUGUUGCAUGGGUUCCUGAAGGGCUGCCAGCUACUGUAACUGUCCUUUUGACUAUAGCAGCAAAGAGAAUGGCUGCUCAAAAUGUUCUUGUAAAAGAUCUUCAAGGUGUUGAGACACUUGGAGCAAUUACUCUUUUGGCUACAGACAAAACCGGUACUUUAACUAGAAACCAAAUGACUGUAACUUUUAUUUGGUCUUCUUUAAAUAUGUAUUCGGCAUUUCGAAACAUGCAAUCCGAAAAUACUCCAUUCGAUCCAAACGCACCUGGUAUUCAAGAAAUUAUUCAUAUUUCUUCAUUAUGCUCCCGUGCUAAAUUUGAUCGUACCGACAUUCCAUUCGCUGAACGUUCAAUCCUUGGUGAUGCUACCGAAACAGGGUUAAUACGCUUCGCUGCUCAAAAUGUAGAUGAUUAUGAUGAACUUAUUAGGAAAUACCCAAAAGUUUUCGAAAUUCCUUUCAACUCUGAAACAAAAUGGGCACUCACAAUUCAUAAGAAGAAACAUAACAAUGGCGAUCUAACUUUGUAUAUCAAAGGUGCACCUGAACGAGUACUUAGACUUUGUACAACAAUAUUGUCAGAAGAGAAUGCAAUUCCUUUGACUGACGAACAUAAAAAGAAAUAUGACGAGAUUUAUGAAUUUAUGGCUUCAAAAGGACAUCGAGUUUUGGCUUUUGCACAAUUAUUGUUACCAGCUGAUAAAUAUCAUGAAGGUUUUGAAUUCAAAAAAGAGGAUAAAAAUUACCCAAUAGGUGAUUAUUGUUUUGUUGGAUUAGCUUCAUUAGAAGAUCCUCCAAAGCAUGGAGUUCGUGAAGCCAUUGGUCGUUGUCGUACUGCCGGUAUUCGGGUAAUGAUGGUAACUGGUGAUCAUCCUUUAACCGCUGAGGCUAUUGGACGCAAAAUUAAUUUAGUAUUAUCAGAUACCAAAGAACUUAUUGCUAAAAAAACUGGUCGAUCUAUUGAAUCAAUCCGUGAAGAUGAAUACAACGCUAUUGUUAUUCAUGGUGAACAGAUAGAUUCCUUAAGCAAUCAUGAUUGGGAUAAUAUCUUUUCUAAAAGUGAAAUUAUUUUUGCGCGUACUUCUCCUCGUCAUAAGCUUGAAAUUGUCAAACGUGCACAAUCUAUUGGUCAUAUCGUAGGAGUAACUGGUGAUGGUGUAAAUGAUUCACCCGCUUUAAAAAAAGCAGAUUUAGGGAUCGCUAUGAAUCAAUCUGGAUCUGAUGUUUCUAAGGAGGCGGCCGCUAUGAUUUUAAUGGAUGAUAACUUUGCCUCUACGGUGAAGGGCAUUGAAGAAGGACGUCUCAUUUUUGCGAACCUUAGAAAGUCUAUUCAAUACACUAUUACUCAUUCAACGCCACAAGUUGUGGUUUCGUUACUAUUUGUUGUUGUUCCUAUCCCAUUACCUUUGACACCAAUUCUAAUAUUGUUGACAGACUUAGGAUUUGAAUUAUUUUUAGCUCUUUCAUUCGCCUGGGACAAACCAGAAAGCGAUACAGGUCUAAUGAAAUUACCUCCUAGAAAACCCGUUACUGCUACUUCAAUAGAACGUAUACGUCGCCAUGCUCUUAAUCGAACUCCAACUAUCACCGAUCCGGAGACUGGUCAUCCUGUAACUCCUUCAAAAGUUUCACAAUUUAUGCAUUCAAUGAAAAAACCUUUUACAUCAACCUGGUGGCCUGAAUUAUUUGAGGGUUCUGAAGGUGAAGUGUUGGUUGAUGCAACGCUUCUCAGAUGGUCAUACUUGGAAAUUGGCGUUAUUGAAUUAAUUGGCGCAUUGGUUGCAUAUUUCGUAGUUUUAAAUCACCAUCGUAUCACUCCAUAUGAUGCACGAAAAAUGCAACAUGGAGUAUCUGAAGGAAAAUAUUUUACAAAGAACGCAAUACCUUAUACGAAUGUUCAUAAUGAAGUGAUUUCUAUGGAACAACAAUUGCAAGCAUUGGGUGAAGCACAAUCAAUUGUAUAUUUGUCCAUCUUGAUUCAACAGAUGUUCAAUCUAUUCGCUUGCAAAGCUCGAUUUCGGUUCCCAUUUGGUAAAUUCAUCUUCUCAAAUCCCCGUAAUUUCCUUGGGUUAGCUUUUGGUGUAAUAUUGGGCAUGUGCGUUGUUUAUAUCCCACCAUUUAACGUUGCAUUUCAAACAAAUUAUAAUCUUAGUCCAAUAUUCUGGUUAAUACCUAUGGCAUUUGGUGUUGUAAUCUUGAUUUAUGCUACCAUUAGAAUAAUUCUUUUGAGAAAGUUGCGUCCUAUAAAUUUGAAUCCAGAAAUUAUAGGAUUACAAAUGCAUCCUACCGUACGAUCUGUUGAAAGAAAAACCUAA